CCUGUUGCUGGUCACGUGGUGCAGUGAUGUCACGGAGGACGUCUGUAGAUUCAGCCGGACGGGCAGGAAGUGUAGUAUGUGUUGGUGCCGGCUAGCGCCGAAUUACGAAAAGCGGCCCCGCAGGAGAGGAGGACGAGUGGAUGUCAGUGUGUGUGAGGAGGCUCCGCGGGGCCCAGGCGCUGGGUGGUCGGUGGAGGAAUGGAGUCCGAGGCGCAGCAGUAGGGAGAGUGAGAGAGGGAACGAGGCCUCAUGAUGUUAGCUGGCCCCCAGAAUUGAACCCACGCUUGUUUUAUCCCUCACCUCUCAAAAACCUUUUGCCUACAACGACUACAAGCUCAUUUACACGCCCUACAUCUGCUAAUAACGGGGAAUGGCCUUCAGUUAAUGGAUGGGAGAAGCAUCAGAGACAUCUGCCGUCUACUAUGGCACCACUGAGGACAAAAGUCUCUGCAUCUAAAUCUCAUUCUUCCAAUGUGCCGUGCUCCAGUGUGAGCUGUGUGUAUCCAGUGGGAAGUGACGCCUGGCAUUUCACUUGUGCUCAGCUUGACUGUUUUAGAAGUUUGUUUGAACCUGGAGUUUGCAGGACACCUUACCAGGCUGUUGCAUUACCCAUUCCUGGAACUCCGCAUGGAAUUUUAGCAUUUCACCCAAGUGAGGAGAUGCAAGCCAGUUCAGUCCCUGGAAACAACCAGCCUGAUAUGGAACAACAGCUGGCUGUAAUGCAUGCCAAACUGAGGGAAGAGUUGCCAGAUUUCUUGUUGAAAACUAUGGAUUACUCGCUAUACAGGAAGGAUGUGGAAUUUGUCAGCAAUGUCCUGCAUAUACAUACAAGAGGUAUCCUGUUAUAUCGGCUACUUUUGACACUUUCGCGGUUUUUGUUCUUGAGUUACUUAUCCAAUGCACAUGUCUCUAUCCUGAAACUGACAUCUCACCCCGAAACAUGUAGUAUCCAAGCUCGCUGGGCAAUCUCAGGCCUUCCUUUGCACACUCUUCUCUUUCACUUCUAUCGUAAUGACAAGACAGAGCUUUACAAGUCUUUUGAUGCUCACUCCACCUUUUACUUGGCCUCAGAUGGUCUAAUACGUCUACAUAAAUUGGAAUGGGUGAUGCCUUCUCAGCCACUUACCGUACCCAAGAAGACUCUUCUCGCUGCUGCUCUAGUAGCUUUAGGCUUGGGAGAAAAUCGUCCUGCACUCAAUUUACUAUCUUCCCCUAAAGCAUCUCCCAAGCUUUGAUACAACUUUGAUUCUUGCUUCUGCUUCUAAAAGUCUUUCUAUACCGUACAGCAUGAAGAUGGCUUGCAGAGUAGCUGGUUUUGUUAAAAAAUGUAGGGUAGACACUGUUAAACCGUACAGACAACUGUGGAUGAACGCAAUCUGUACAAAAGCCCAGAUAUACAUAGAGGGUGCUGAGUCAAUAACUCUGUUUCCCUUUCUUACAGAUAUUCUGUACUCUGCUGUAUAUGUUGUUGUAACUGUUGAUUCAGCCUGUGGAUGUGUAACAUUCUGUACAUAAUUAAAUUAUAACAUUAGGUCUAAA